AUGUACAUCAACAUUUCGCAAGAACAGACGACUUGCGAUGAAAAAGCGGUAAUAAGAUAUAAUAAUAUCUGCAGAAAACUGAAUAGUAAUCGUCCACGGGAAUAUGAACUCAUUCGUGAACCAUUUGAGGAUGAAGAAAAUGAAAAUAUUGAUAGGCGCGUAGAAAAUUCUAUGGGCCUAGUUAACAAUAGAAGCCCAUUACCUAGAGAAUUAGGUAACAUGGAGCUUGACAUAGAGUCAGAAAAUGAAGGAACAAAUAAUGAAAAGAGCCAGUCUGAGUUAUUGGAGGGUAGGAGAUUAUUUAAUGUUCAGCAUUUAUUUAAUCAGAUUUUAAAUGGAGAAAGGCAUGGGCCAUUUGACUGCUCUUUGGUUGAUAUGAGAAUUAUCAACGAAAACAGAAGCGGCUUGUAUAGUGAAUAUACUUUACAAUGUCAAAUGUGUCUAGUUACAAAGAUUAUCACCAGUGAAGAAAAAUUACAUUCUAAACUGGACGUUAACUCCUCUAUGGUUUUGGGUACCUUAUCUGCUGGGCUUGGCUAUUCGCAGAUUAAUGAAAUAGCAGCUUCCCUGAAUAUGCCAAUGAUGGCUUCAAACACUUUCAAUAAUCAUCACGAAAAAGUGGCAGAAAUAAUCAGAGAAUCUGCUUGGAAAAGCAUGGAAGAAGCAGCAGCUGAAGAAGCCAAAAUAGCGAUAGCGGAGGGUGAAGUAGAUGCCAAUGGAAUCCCAUGUAUCACUGUGGUGACGGAUGGAGCAUGGGCGAAACGUUCCUAUAAUGUUAACUAUGAUGCUUCUUCUGGUGUGGCUUGCAUUAUCGGGUACAAAACUGGAAAAAUAUUGUUCCUUGGUCUACGAAACAAAUAUUGUUCACUGUGCUCAUGGUAUAAAAACAAAAAAAAAGACGUUCCAGUCCACAACUGCUACAAGAACUGGAGUGGUACAUCCACGUCAAUGGAAACCGACAUAAUAUCUGAGGGUUUUCAAAAAAGUUUAGAGUUGUACAAUAUUAAAUACACCAAAAUGGUUGGAGAUGGAGACUCUUCAGUAUACAGAAAGCUUUUGCAAAUAAAACCUUAUGGUAAUUUAUUGGUCCAAAAAGUGGAAUGUAAAAAUCACUUGCUUAGAAAUUUUGCAAAGAAAAUACGAGAAGUUUGCAGUAAAAACCGCAGUAAUUCUAAAAAUUUACCUGUCCCGUUGGCACUUAGAAAGGAGAUUUUCAGUAGGUUUAUGAGAUUGAGAACUGCAAUAACGAAGGCUACUAUGUAUAGAAUAGCUGAACAGACAACAAUGGACAAAAAAAUAGCAUUACUGAGGGGUGAUAUCUACAAUGCACCAAGUCACAUAUUUGGUGAGCACGCCAGAUGCAAGGAAAUACAGUAUUUCAAAUGCGAAAAAGAAAAUGAACACAAUCUCGUUCCAAGUAUGCAAGACUGUGGAAUUUACGAAGAUAUUAUAGUAGCUUUGCAAAGAGUUGUUGAUAACACCAGCAGCUUAAUCUUGAAUAUGGACAACAAUCUUGCGGAGCAUUAUAAUAGUGUUGUAUGCAAAUUCGUUGGUGGCAAACGCAUACUUUUUUCGAAGAGAGGCUCCUACCAAACGCGUUGUGAGGCUGCUGCGUUAUCUUUUAAUUCUGGUGGAAAUUAUUACAGAUUUCUUCACGAAACUGUUGGCUCAAGUCCUCAACGUUAUACGAAAAAAUAUGUAGAGAAAUGCAAGAAAAAUAGGCCAAUCAUUAAAAAAAGGAUAUUUUCCAAAAAAAGAACAAAAAUUAUCAAACAGUCUCUCGCGGAUAAGGAUUAUGGUCCUAAUGCUCACUAUAUACCUUUGGAUUUAAAUAGUGAUAUUUACAUAGAAAAGGAAAAAGCAUUUUUGCAGGAGCUAAGAAAAGAUCCGGAGGAAAUAAGUGACAUUCAAAAAUCCACUAUAGGUCAGGCCUUCAACCCAAAAUGGUUACAAGAAAGGUCACUUAGAAUCAUAGCCUCAAAUUUCGGUAAAAUUUGUAAGAUGCGACCAAAAACUUCACCGAGGAACACCAUAAAAACUUUAUUAUAUGGAACUUUCACGGGAAAUAAAGCCACAAAGUAUGGCAACGAAAGUGAGGCACGAGCCAUUUUAGAAUUUGAAAAAAAAAACAAUUUACAAGUUGUACCUUGUGGGCUGUUUAUAGGGGAAAAGGAAUACUAUUUAGCUGCAAGCCCGGAUGGUUUUGUUAUAGAAAAUAAUUUCCUAAUAGAAGUCAAAUGUCCCUUCACCAUCGCCAAAAUGGAUCCAACAGAGGGAAUUCAAACAGGAAAAAUUACUUUUGCCACUAUAGAAGAUGGAGCAUUGAAAUUGAAAAGAAACCAUAACUACUACUAUCAAGUACAAGGUCAGUUAGCUAUAGCUAACAAACAGUCAUGUUACUUUAUUAUCUGGAGUCCUUUCGGCAUUUUAAUUGAACAGAUAAAUCGAGACGAAGUAUUUUGGAAAGAAAAAAUGUUACCUAAAUUAAGAGCAUUUUAUGACUAUUUUCUGUUGCCAGAAUUAGUAGACCCACUUUUUCCAAAAGGGCUACCUAUUAGGGAUCAACUUUGUAACACUAAAUGCUCCAAUAUUCCAGACAGCUAG